GGGUAGCUUGUAGAGCCUUUUGGUAGUAGGAAGAGAGAACCCCACACACUCCUCUCCUCUUUGGCUUUCCCUUUCCUGCAUUUUAGUGAGGAGUGCACGAGCGAAUUUUUUUUAUUUUUAUUUUUAUUUUUUAUUUAUUUAUUUGUGGUGGAUCUGUUCUUUUAGUGGUUAGACAUGAAUUGGGUUUGAGUUUUGUUCAUUUUUAUAUCUGGGUUUUGAAGUUCUCUUUGUUUUUUUUUGAGGUUUCUGUGUAGUGUGGUUCUGUUUUUAUUUUAUGUAAAUGGUUUUGUGAGUUUGUUCAUCUUGAGAUCUGAGUUCUGAAGAACUGUGGGUUUUGCUCAAGUUGUUAGUUUUUGCUUGUUCAAUUGAGUGUAUUUGGGUUCUAAUUUUGGUCAUUUGUGAGUGAAUUGAGUUCACUUGAGUGAAAACAUGGCUCCAAGUACAAAAUUUUACAAGUGGUGGACAAAGGACACAAGGAAGGGUACUCCAGUAGUAGUGACCAUGGAGAACCCCAAUUACUCUGUGCUAGAAAUUGAUGGCCCUGAUGCGGCAUUCCGUCCGGUGGACAAGGACCGGGGGAAGAAUGCCAAACAAGUGACAUGGGUUUUGCUUCUCAAGGCCCAUCGAGCUGUCGGUUGCCUGGCGUGGCUCGGCAACGUGCUCUGGGCAUUGCUUGGUGCCAUCAAGAAAAGGUUGAUAUUUGGGGAAGGAGUGACAAUGGAGAAUGAAAAAUCUGGCAGGGGAAGGUUAUUGUUCAGAAUCAUUUUAGCAUUCUUGGUGACUGCUUUGGCAUUUCUGGCCUUUGAAGUGGUUGCCCAUUUUAAUGGUUGGCAUUAUUUCCAGAACCAUAGUUUGCACAUCCCACAAGCAUUGGAGAUUCAGGGAUGGCUGCACACUGUAUACAUCGCUUGGUUGGACUUUCGCGCCGAUUACAUUGCACCUUCAAUUCAAGCUCUAUCAAGCUUUUGUGUUGUUCUCUUCCUAAUUCAAUCCGCCGACAGGCUCAUACUUUGUCUAGGUUGCUUCUGGAUCAAGUACAAGAAGAUUAGGCCGAGAAUUGAAGGGGAUCCAUUUAAGUCGGAGGAUUUGGAAGGUUCAGGUUGUAACUAUCCGAUGGUUCUCGUUCAGAUUCCAAUGUGCAAUGAGAGAGAGGUGUACGAACAGUCUAUCUCAGCCGUCUGUCAACUUGAUUGGCCAAAGGACCAGUUGUUGAUUCAAAUUCUCGACGACUCUGAUGAUGAGAACAUUCAGUGGUUGAUUAAGGGCGAGGUCUCCAAGUGGAGUCAGAGGGGUGUCAACAUUAUUUAUCGGCAUCGAUUGGUUAGAACGGGUUAUAAAGCUGGAAACCUUAAGUCUGCUAUGAAUUGUGAUUAUGUGAAGGCCUAUGAAUUUGUUGCAAUCUUUGAUGCUGAUUUCCAACCACACACUGAUUUCCUUAAGCAGACAAUUCCACAUUUUAAGGACAAUCCUGAACUGGGAUUAGUUCAGGCUAGAUGGGCUUUUGUAAACAAGGACGAAAAUUUGUUGACACGCCUCCAAAACAUCAAUUUGUGCUUUCACUUUGAGGUAGAGCAGCAGGUAAAUGGAGUCUUCCUCAAUUUCUUUGGUUUCAAUGGGACUGCUGGUGUGUGGAGAAUCAAAGCACUGGAAGAGUCUGGUGGCUGGCUUGAGAGGACAACUGUGGAGGAUAUGGACAUAGCAGUUCGUGCUCAUCUCAGUGGUUGGAAAUUCAUCUUCCUUAAUGAUGUGAAGGUGCUUUGCGAAGUUCCCGAGUCUUAUGAAGCUUACAGAAAACAGCAACAUCGCUGGCAUUCCGGUCCGAUGCAUCUCUUUCGUGUGUGCCUUCCAGCGGUCAUUAAGUCUGAGAUAUCAUUUUGGAAGAAAGCAAACUUGAUAUUUUUGUUCUUUCUCCUUAGGAAACUCAUUCUCCCAUUCUAUUCUUUCACAUUAUUUUGCAUUAUUCUUCCUUUAACCAUGUUUGUCCCUGAAGCCGAGCUACCUGCCUGGGUUAUUUGUUACGUUCCCGUAUGCAUGUCAUUCCUAAGUAUACUUCCUGCACCAGGAUCCUUCCCAUUCAUUGCCCCCUACCUUCUAUUUGAGAACACAAUGUCUGUGACCAAAUUCAAUGCCAUGAUAUCUGGACUCUUCCAGCUGGGAAGCUCAUAUGAAUGGGUUGUCACUAAAAAGGCCGGUCGAUCAUCAGAACCUGACCUAGUGGCUGCAGCAGAGAGGGAAUCUAAAGCCAUGAAUCACCCACAACUUUAUAGAGGUGCUUCUGAUAGCGGACUCUCUGAGCUCAACAAACUGAAAGAACACCAAGAAACACCCACUAAACCUCCUGCGAAGAAAACAAACAAGAUAUAUCGGAAAGAGCUUGCCCUAGCUUUCUUACUACUCACUGCAGCACUCAGGAGCCUUUUAUCAGCUCAAGGAGUGCACUUCUACUACUUGCUAUUUCAAGGUGUGUCUUUCCUCCUUGUGGGUCUUGACCUGAUUGGCGAACAAAUGAGCUAAAAUGAUCUGCAGGAAAAAAAAAGAAAGAAGUACAUUGAAAAAUGAGAGAAAGAAACAGCUAAACAAGGAAAAUAGUGAACAUCUCUAGUUGCAGCUGCAAAUUUCAUAUUGGCAUUCUCUAGUUGGGGUGUUCGAUCGUUCCUUUGGCUUCGAUGGUGCAGGUAGAAGCUAACAGUACGCCAUUUGCAAAUAAGAAGUUUUUUCUUACCACUUAAAAUAUUGCCCAUAAAGAAAUUUUUUUUCCCUCUUUAUUGAUUGCUUGCAUUCCCUCGUGCAAUAAAUUUGUGGGUUAUUUGUGACAUAGGCCAAUCUUCAAUGUUGUUGCAUCUUAUUAUCAUAAAUUUUCUUCUACUUCUUUGGUUCUUAAAUUUAUGAUCAUGAUGUUUGCUAUAUAGAUAUAUGUAAUAUCAGAGCCAACUAUUCAUUUUU